AUGUGGCCUCUGGCGCUCAUCAUUGGUGUCGCGGUUGCGGGCUCGGUGGUUCUGCUAGUUACUGGAGUUUUUCUAGCUAUUAGUCUUGAGCGACGGCGGCAUCGAUAUAUCAUGCAAGCCCACGGUCUUACCAGAGACCUCGGCACCUAUCAUCGAACCAAGCUGAGCGCAAACGAGAACAAUUACUCUCACGUUACAGCACCGAGGACAUAUCUGAGACGAAGCGUGCAGCUCCCAUAUGGUGUCGUCUCUAUUGGGUGCCUGGACUCUGGGGCUCUGGCCGAUGUGGACGAGGAAGAACAAGCAGGCGAUCAUACAGCGCAACAAUUGCAUGACAACCAGGGAAUGCUGCUGUCAAAGGGGAGAAGAAGUAUACGACGCUCCUUCAACGGGCAGCCUCUUCAGAUCCCCAAGACACGCCGACAGAGAAAGUUGCGAAAAGCGAUGCCUUCCAAUCAAAUGCAGGACUCUCCUCUCUCAGUGAUCACCGAGUUCACUGAUUCUCCUCCAUGCACCUCUCCCUCGGCAGCAGAGUCCUUUUCAGAAACAGGACAGGCAGCGCCCAUACUUGGCUCUAGCUCGAGGGAUAAAAGGCAGCUUUCUAUUCAGUGGCCCUUGAUUGUCACCAAGACGCGCUCCUCUGACUCUACACCCACCGAAGUCAUGUCCAUGGCCGCGCGCGCCAGUAUGCUCGUGCGAAUGGGAGGAGCCAUUGUCAACACCUCCGAUCCUCCUCGUCAGCCAAUCGCGCCUCGCUCCUUGAGCAUGGCUAGUACCAACUCUGCCGCACCAGCCGAGCCAUUGCCGCCUUUACCAACGAUCGACGUGUGCAAACGUCAGAGGACAUAUGACCUCAAACCAAAGGCGUCAAAUGCCAGUCUGGAAACUGUCGGUAGCUCCGUGUUAGGGGCCACUGUGGGCUCCCAUCCAAAAGUAACCACGGUCCCCACGACUCCUCAGCCAGAUAGGACCGCAAGGUUUCUUGGGCUCGGCUCGCAUCUGGACGGAAAGCCAUCGACACCUCGUCUUCAUGUUCCUCCAGGGAAGCAGGCGAUCCACGGCCUCUGCGCCAGUAAACCCAGUAUUCAUUCCCUCCACCCGAGCUUUGAUAUGAACGAGUCGCCAGAGCCUAUCAGGGACUAUUCGAGCCAACAUCAGUUCCCCACCAUUGUCGUGCGGGAGGAAUCAUUCAAGACGAUUGAUACGAGCCACUGGGCUAAUCCAAUUCCAUUGAAAGUCAACAAGACCCGAUCCGGAGGCACGCAUCCUGCCAGACAUUCAAUGUACGAGGCAUCAAAUGUCCAUCAAGCGAGGUCCGUCAGCGACUCUGUGGCGACAGAUAACUUUCAUACUACAUCGAAGAUCUCCCCUGGCUCUACAAACAAGAGGCCAGCUUCGGUCGCGACGGGGAACCCUCUGCAGUGGGACGGGCAAAGGGGAUUUGCGUUCAACAGAUAUUCAUUGUCCUCGUUGGACGGACUACGAAGUGGCCACAAGCGUCAGAAUUGUGUCCGAAUCACCAAUCUUCCGGCCAUCGAUCCCAGACCGAAGAGUCGGGCGCAGAUGCCCGAACUUCAAGAAGAGCAACCCAUUGCACACGAUACUGCUACGUACGAGUCCAACGCGUCGGUAGAACCCGAGCCCCAGGCCCAAGAUCAUCACCACUUCACAAUGCCUAAGGCCGCUGUGGAAGUGAUGAACACUAGAUCGACGUCUGCCACACCUUCACCCUUUAGAAAUCGCCCAAGCCUGACACCUUCCUUUCGGCCGGUACCACAGCAGUACAUGCAACCUUCUAGCAGUGCGUAUUCGGGCAUACCGAGAGCUGAUUCCAACAUCUUCACGGCACCCCAGUUGGGCCGGUGCUCGUCGACCUCUCACCGUCCCUCACCAGUGCAAUGGCACCUCUCGCCAGAUCUGAGUAAUAACAUCAGAUCCAACGGAACGCCACCAUCUGCACGACCUUCUGAGAGCCAACCCUUCGACUCUCCAACUCUCCCUUCCCCAGCGCUGGACUCGUCAUCACUAUAUCCUAGGAGGUCUCUGGUCAAGGGACCUCGCAACCCGCGCACUACCGGCUCAGGUUCCUCCCCGAGUCCAUUGCAGAAUAAGCAGGGCCCCAACUUCCGCGUCAGUAAAGACCGAGAUUCCAGCAAUCUUCGGCUCCCGAAGGAUCGCGUCUCCAGCGGCUGGGUGUCAAGGGAGAAGGAGCAGGAGAGGGAAGUCGAUCUACGCAAAUCCGUCAUGAUGCUGAGAAGCAUGAAUUCCGAAGGACGCCUGAUAGAUCAGCACCAACACAACAUCAGGUUCUAUCGCAAUGUCGGCGUCGACAACUCCAGCCCCGGACCGGCGUAUAGACUCACUCCGCCGAUGAACAAGCGCAUUAGCGGCCUACGCCAGUCCAGCUGCGCCUCCUCGACCAUGAGCGUGAACCUGUCGCCAGUCCCAGACAAAAAUAGAGACGGGAACCGAGAUCGCAACAGAGAAAGAGACAGGGCCCGAUCUAGCCGUGAAACUAGUCCGCUGGUCCAGUCCACGUCGAUGAAGCAUGCAGCCCGGUUGGGUUCGAGCCCAUCUCGGUUCAAACAAGACGGUGGAGUGGUGCCUGGUGCGGCCGCUACCUUGGCAAUCCCUUCACAGAACUACAACAGUACCACCAUGUCAGCCUCCCCAUCCGGAUUAUCUAUCUGGGAAGACGCGAGCGUGUGCGGCGAAAGCCCGGAGCCAGAAUUCCGCACUCCGCAACAUGGCAUCGACAGGGAUCCUGCUCUGUAUGUCACGCCGCUGGUUCUCCGGACGAAAAGUAAUCUUCAUGGGCGCGAGCGUGACAAUGACCCUGAACAACACCAACAAUCCCAACAGGCUCGCCGCGGCUCCCAGCCGCACGUCCGACUUACAGGGCAAGGAUAUAAAGAUGCGCCACCAUCACGACCCCGGACACCAAACAAAGUAUCGCGACAUCUGCAACUGUACUCAUCCUCAUGCUCCGUCUCGCCGCGUUCCCAGCCAUCGGGCCCUGGAAAGGGGACUCAUGGGUCAAGCAACGACGGCGACACCGAUGAACCUGAAAACGACAACGGAAACGAUAGCGACAUGGAGAACAUGCCAUCCUUGAACUCGACUAGCUCACACCCAGUCCCGAAUUCUCGUCUCGUCCAGCGUCUCGAACGGGCUGCUAGCAGCGGUCAAUGGCAACACACAACAGGGAGCGAUGACAAGAACAAUAGCACGAGCAACGGUGCCCAGACUCUCCGCACCGAGUCUUCAACUUCCAGGCAUAGGAAUAUCGAUUCAAUUGCAAGCAUACACGACCUGGUCACCACUUCUGCGAGACGGGCGGGUACGGCAACGACCUCAACCUCAAGAUCAAUCGCAGAUCGCAACCAUAACACAAAAUACGCGGGUUUGAAGAAGGGGAAUUCUCAAGCGAUUACACAAAUUCACGCAAGGAUGCAAUCCCACGAUCUCUUCCAGCCAACAGGCGAAGUCGGGCUUGGACUCAGUCUGGGGAACACUCUACUUCCAGGUGCAUAUUACUAG